AUGGCUCCUCUUCAAUCUCCUAAUAUCAUCGAGACCAGUCACAUCUCCCCCUUACGCGGCACCGUUCCAUCCACCACUCUUCCUCUCACCUUCUUCGAUGCACCGUGGCUCUCUCUCCCACUCGGAGAAUCUCUCUUUUUCUUCUCUUACCAAAACUCAACCGAACGUUUCCUCAGAGACUUCGUCCCUAACCUCAAACAAUCACUCUCCAUCUCUCUCCAACAUUUCUUCCCUUACGCCGGUAACUUAAUCAUCCCACCUCGUCCCGACCCUCCCUACUUAAGCUACAAAGACGGCGAAGAUUCUCUUCUUUUCACUGUCGCAGAGUCUGUCGGAACUGAUUUCGAUUGUUUGAAAACCGAUUCACCUAAAGAUAUCAGAGUGUUACAUGACUUCUUGCCCAAGUUACCUCCUCCUCUUGUCUCUCCGGAAGGAGUUCAGACGCGGCCGGCAAUGGUGAUCCAAGUCACCAUCUUCCCUGGAAGAGGAGUCUGUAUAGGCAACACAUCUACACAUGUUGCCGGAGACGGAGUGACCUUCACUCAUUUCAUGAAGUAUUGGAUGUCAUUGACCAAAUCCAACGGCAGUGGUCCUGCCACGCUUCUUUUACCCGCUCCGCCUGUUCACAGCUACAGAAGCAUGAUCAAAGAUCCAGGCGAGGUAGCCGCGGGACAUUUGGAGAGGUUUUGGAGCCAAAACUCUGGAAAGCACGGCUCACAUGAUCCCCCUACGAACAUGGUCAGAGCGACUUUUACGAUGAGCCGGAAUCAGAUAGACAACCUCAAGCAUUGGCUUACAGAACAGUCUACGAUACAAUCUCCUGUUUCAACCUUCGUGGUGACUCUAGCUUUCACUUGGGUGAGCUUGAUCAAGACACUUGUUCAAGACAGCGAAACAGAGGCUAAUGGGGAAGACAAAGACGAAGAAGUCUUUCACUUGAUGGUUAAUGUCGAUUGCAGGAAUCGUCUGAAGUACAAAGAAGUUCCUAUACCAACAACGUACUUUGGCAACUGUAUGGCUCCUGGUAUCGUAUCUGUCAAUAAGCGAGAAUUGCUUGGACAAAAAGGCGUCUUGGCUGCAUCAGAAGCAAUCGCAGCGAAAAUCAAAGAUAUGUUAUCAAGCGACCUACUGAAAACAGCACCAAGUUGGGGACAAGGAGUACGCAAGUGGGUCAUGUCCCGUUUUCCAACAUCCAUCGCCGGUGCUCCGAAAUUGGGACUUUACGACAUGGACUUUGGGUUAGGAAAGCCCUGCAAAAUGGAGCUGGUGCACAUAGAAGCAGGUGGUUCUAUUGCAUUCUCAGAGUCCAAAGACGGCAGGAAUGGAGUGGAGAUUGGAAUAGCACUGGAGAAGAAUAAAAUGGAUGUUUUUGCUUUGAUUCUACAACAAGGGCUCAAGAAAUUUGAAGUGUAG